ACCGGCGACUUGAAACGGUCACGGCGACUCGAAUGGAACCGAUCGCGGUGAUCGGGCGCGUCCACGCGCUGGCCGACACGGGCGGCGACGUGCCCGACGGCCUGGGCGUGUGUGACUCGACGCUCACUUGGAUACAUCACGCGGAGGAGAAGCAGUUUGUGUUCAACCGUGUGGUCGACGCCAACGAGUCCCCCACGGACGUUGUCGGGGGCGACAUGGUCGUUGCCGCUGCUGCUGGGAUGAACACGGCCGUAUUCGCCAUCGGCCAACAAGGAUCAGGCAAGUCGACAACACUCUUUGGCCCCGACGGCAUCAUUGCCUACGUCGCCAAGGGAUUGCUUGUUGCACAGUGCUCCGUGGCCCUCAGCCUCGUUGAAAUCUACGGCGACAUGGCCACCGACGUGCUCCACGGCAAUGCCCAUGUGUUUCGACCGCAAUACCAUCCCUUGAUCGGUGGCUACGGCGCCGACGUUGCUCGCAUCGAUGUGCCGGAUGUCGCCAUGCUCGUGCAAGUGCUGCGAUUAGGCAUUCGGGCCAUGGCCAUUGACGCAAUUGUGACCAACAAAACCACGACCAAGUCCAGCCGCGUCGUGACGCUGCAUGUGACCUCCAUGGACGGCAAGCGCUGGUCCCGCGUUGACUUUGUCGAUAUGGCGGCCCCCGGCAAUGCACGCCGCCCCCUCGUUCCAGGCGACGUGGGGUAUCGACUGGAACAGGGUCCAAUGAACUUGAUCGAGUGUGCCAAACUCUUAGCGGACGACGUGCCGGUGGACAAGGUGCCAUUACAGGGAGCGUCGUCGCUCGUGACGCUAGUCAGCCACACACUCGGCGGGCGGUGCAAGACGUUUGUGAUUGCUCACGUGAUUCAAUCCGCCUUGCACAAUGACGAGAACCUUGGUACCCUUCGGCUCGCCAUGCUCCUUCGAGGCAUUCGAAACGUCGUCGAGCCAAAUGCGUAUGGCGCCGCCUACAUCGUGUCGCAAAUCGAAGGUGACGUGCAAGGCGAACGCGACCACUUGGACAAGGUGAAGCGCCAGCUAAGCAGUGCUGCGUCCAAGUCGCUGCAUCAGGACAGUGUCGAGGUGGACCACCAAAGCGCGCGGACCAAGAUCAAGGCCCUCGAGUCGGUCGUCCAUGCCUUUCAAAAAUCUGCAUUGGAACGCGCCGACGACUGGCUCAAGUUCAAACGACGGGUCGACAACGACGAAACGAAACUCGGGUCAAAGGUCGUGGCGAGCGACCGCACGAUCCACCACUUGCAUCUCGUGCGGCUCCACGACGACCGACUUUUUAGCGGGGUCAUUGCGUAUCACGUGGCAGCUGCCGACAGCAAGAUGAGCCGCGACAGCACUGCUGACAUCGUCCUCGUUGGCGGGGGCACUUGCGUCUCUGCCGCACACUGCGAGUUGCACGUACCAGUCCCUGGGACUGUCGAGGUGGUGGUUGUCGGAGCGCCAAGUGUAGUUUGCUUAGUCAAUGGGCGUCCCCUUGCAGCUGGGGCGGCGCCGCGGGCACUAGUCCAUGGAGACACCCUCACAUGCGGCUCACGCAAUGUGUUUCGAGUCGUGCAUCCCGACGAAACCAUCCACCCGUCUUCCCGUGAUGACAUUCAACAUGUCAAGACAUAUCGGGACGCGUGGCUCGAUCGAGGGGCGGUGCUCCAGACGUACCGACACCCCCUGGCGAAUACACUGACGCAUGACGAAGCGCAGCGCCGGUGCCAUGCCGCUCUGACUUCGAUUCUCGACCGCAUUGCGUCGAUUCGAACAAUGUUUGCACAGAGCGUCGUGGACGUUGACGACGAGCGCGAUGUGCACGACGUGAUGCUCCAGCGAGGCGCCGCGCCACCGCCAAAGUACAUGGCAACACGUGUACGCCCCGACACCAUCAAGCGCCUCUCGACCGCCGCGAUCGCGGAAAUGAACGCUCUCGAGUCUCGGAUAUAUUCGCGGGACACGAUGCGCCUCCUAGAUGCAGUCGACGAGUUCGCAGCGAUGUGCCAAGAGCUCUGCACACCGAUCGACGUCCGUGCGGUGCCGAUGGUGAACCAUGCCGCCAUGACGAACGACGACGACCCCAUCGACCGCGACCAACUGUCGACGGACAUUUGGGUAGUCCUAUCGAAUCCAUCCAACGCACGUGAGCGCAUAAUCUUGCGACCAGCGGACUUUGAGAUCCGCCUCGCGUUGUUGCGCGUGUUGUUUCAGCAGCACCAAGUCAAACGACCCGUCGGUGCCCCGUCGACGAAGACUGGAAUCGCGCUUUCCCCCCGAGUCGCUGCCGGCACAGGCGACGGCGAUCCCCUCCACCUCACGUCGACGGAAGAGCGGAUUGGGGUUGCGAGGGUGCACUUGGGCAAACUUGCCUACUAUUUUGACGUCGACGACGCGCUGCCGAUCGUAAGCGACGCCGGCCAAGUCGUGGGCCAUUUGAUGGUGCAGAUCCAGCCCCAUGUGGCCCACACGGACGUCCACGCGGUCCGACCCGACAGGGUGCAGUUUAUCCAUCGCGUCAACCACGACGUGGAUCACGAGGAAGAGCUGCGGGACGCGAUUGGGAUGGACGUGACGGUGGCGUAUCGAGUCAACAUUCGAGGCGCGCGGGGGCUCCCGCCCCAAGUCACGAGCAAUGUCUUUGUCGAGUACGUCUUUUUCGAGGACAGCGCGGCCAACACAACAAGUCCGAGCGCGUGUAAAUCGAGGCAUCCCGUGAUCGAGCAAGCGUUUAUGCAUCAUGUGCUCAUCACGGACGAAUUUUGCCAGUACGUGGCAAUGACAGCGCUCGAAUUCCAGGUGUUUGGGUAUCGAGGCGAUCACGUUGUGGCGGGGCCGCAGAAGAAACGGGAUGAAAUGUUUUGGAUGGAAAUGGAAGCCAAGGCAAUGCAUGCCGUUGUCCAAGGGCUGCAGGAAAAGGUCGGGUCCCUCGAAAGCCAACUGCACACGCGCGAAGCGGAGUUGCGGCGGUGCCGAGCUCAAAUCGACGUCGCCAAGCUGCAUGAGACCAACGAUACGACGCAGCAAUCGCCUCCAGCGGUCGUCGAGGCAAAACAUCCCGACGGCGCGAGUGAGGCUCAGGAGACGUGCAAAGCCGUCGGUCGACGUCGGCGGACACCCGAUUUGAAACUGGCUGGGAUGUUGGGCAAGGGACUGGACGACAUCCGAUCCGGCGUGUGCCUCGUCAUGUGAACCGAGCAAGCGCCGUCCAUGCCACACACACACACAGAUCAACCACACAUGAAUAUGAAAGCAGUUGGUGAGAAUGCGAAGCUGUGUUCCCUCGCGGCAGCAAUGCGAUCGCAACCACAGCAGAAGUAGACGUCGUUUGACGGCCAAUAUACGCCGUCGUCAUGUCGUCAUUCGUGCGACCGUCGAGCGGCGCCGUCAGCCACCACACAAACGGCACUGGCCCACGGACAACAGCGGGACCAUCCUUGGUGGCCACGGCGGGUGAGCUUCCAAGGUCGAGGCCGCCACCCGCGUCUCUGUGCACCCGCCGCGCGACCGCAGUUGAAUAUCGUUGAACCAAGAGCGACAGCACAUGCCACCACCACGGCC